GCCACAACUCGGCAAGCAGGGCGGCAAGCAAGCAGCAGCUGCUUCCAUUCCAUCACUGGUUUUGAUUGCUUCUCGGCGGCGCGUGACAAAGACGAGCAGAGGAGAGAGUGAUAGUUUCAGAAAGAGGAGCUUUUCUUGAAGAGGGUGGAAGGAGAUCGAUCAAGAACUCGAGAUGUGCAUGGUCAAGUCCGCCGUGCCGGCGAAGAAGAUCUGGCUCGCAAUCGCCGCCCGCCUCGGCCUCCGCCCAACAGCCGGGCUGCGGAACCUGAGGAAGGAGGUGAGGACGUGCGAGUACCGCGACGUGCACGUCAUGUGGGAGAUGCUCAGGGAGAUGGGCUCCCCGGUGGUGCCCCUGGAGGAGAAGGAGGCCACCGCCGCCGCGGCCGUCGCGGCGGCCGCCGCUGCCAGGAAGAAGAAGACGGCCUGGAGGCGGUUCGUAUACUACUGCUGCGCGUUCUGAUCAUCUGAUCUCGAUGAACGCGGAAACUGGGCAUCUUCAGAGUUAGAGCAGGUGUAAUUAGAAACAGCAUUGGCCCUCUCACAGAGUGUGCAAAUAGGCAGAUGCGCAAAUAAGUGCAUAGGUGGAUCCUGAUGUUCCACUGCAGAUCAUCGCCAUAUGCGCGAACAUUGGAUCCGGAUGAUGAGCGUGUGAAUUCAGAAAAUGGGCAACCGAGACGGGAGCAAGCCUUCUGGUACCGAUCGGCAGCUCCCUCUCUCAGUAUGAGUACAUUGAACGAAAAGGUCGUCUUGCCGAGCCAGUUGUUCUCGCUCAAUGUUGAGCGAGCUCUUUUUCUUAGUACAUGAAUCCAUUCGACUGAUGUGUAUAAUGAAAAACCGUAGAACAAACGUAAGUAGUUUCUCACUUUCCCUUACAAAUCAUGUACAAUGUUCAUCAACUAAAACAUUAGUCGGUUUACCAAUCAAUUCAUUCAGAAA